AUGUCUACCCCAAGCACUAACCCAGCCGUCACCAAGCUCGACGGCUACAGCACGCCUGAAGCUGUGGCCAGUCAGCUCCAGAUCCAUACAGACCACUCCUACAAAACAGUCCGUGUCUUCAUCUUCGCUCUCAACGCCGACAAUAACGUGGCGCUCCCACUCAACAGCCGUCAGAUCGCUUCACCAAACGACUUUCGUCUCGAUAAGCUUCCACGGAUCCUCAUUUCCAAAAAUGAUUCUGGGUGGCAUCAUGCAACCCUGUGCAAACUCGUCAAGAGCAGACUCACAGGCCCAGCAAUGUUUGGCGCUAAGUCUAUCAAGAUGAAGGACUCCAGGUUGAUUCAUGUCUUCGACAGGAUCAUGGACGACGAGUUGGAGGCUUGUGCUGUCAUGGCGUGUAGGAUCGCUAUCGACAGUCCACGUCCGGAAGCCAACCAGGAAGUCAAGUUUGCGGUAGUUCCUGAGAGUAAUCUACAGGGCUCUGCGGCAGAUUCCUUGAUGUAUACUGACCUGAACGCAACCAUGAGGUGGUAUCGCUUGUGGAGGGAUGUGAGGCCAACUGUGGGGCAAAAUAUCAGUAGGCAGUUCAGUUGGCUGUUUGGUAGGGAGGGUCGCAGGUAG